UAGUCUAGGAUACAUUGGGCUACUUUCCAGCAGACGACAGCAUGGCGGUGGCAUAACACGAGUUUCUCCUUUUCCUUUCUCAUUUCUCUCCCUCUCAACACAACGACAGCCCCCAGCCACGCUCCCAAUGCCCCCUCCUCUUCCUGCAGCCGCUACAGACUAAGGCCGCCAUGCCUGGGAAGGUGAAAGUUCGUGUCUUGGCAGGGCGCAACCUGCCAGUGAUGGACAGAUCAUCGGACACAACUGAUGCUUAUGUAGAAGUGAAGCUCGGCCAGGUUAACUUCAAGACAGAGGUGUUCAGAAAAAGCCUCAACCCGCAGUGGAAUUCGGAAUGGUUCAGGUUUGAGGUGGAUGAUCAGGAACUUCAGGAUGAACCACUACAGAUCCGUUUGAUGGACCACGAUACCUAUUCUGCCAAUGAUGCUAUAGGGAAGGUGUACGUGGACCUGAAUCCCCUGCUGCUUCCCCCACAGUGCCACCUCCCGUCCCAGCGACCCCACGACCCCUCCCAGCCUGGCACAGCAGUCAUGUCAGGCUGGCUUCCCGUCUAUGACACAAUGCAUGGAAUCCGAGGGGAGGUCAAUAUUGUCGUCAAGGUGGACCUCUUCUCGGACUUCAACAGAUUUCGACAGUCAUCGUGUGGAGUCCAAUUUUUCUUCACUCCGGAGAUCCCCGCUGGGUACCGCUGCCAGAAUAUUGUGGGUUUUGUGGAGGAGCUGGUGGUGAAUGAUGACCCAGAGUACCAGUGGAUAGACAAGAUUCGUACUCCACGUGCCAGCAAUGAAGCAAGACAGACGCUCUUCUUUAAGCUGUCUGGAGAGUUACAGCGUCGCAUUGGCCUCAAAGUACUGGAACUUGGAGGGAAUGCAGUCAUCAGUUACCGUCAGUACUUCGACCUUGAGGGAGAGACGGGUAUUGUGGUGAGAGGUCUGGGGUCGGCAGUCACCCUCAUAAGGCUGCACUACGACACAGGCGGGGGAGGAGGCACCACACACUCCCCUUCACCACUACGAGAGAUCACCAACCAGAGAGACCUAGACAUGCUUGCGGAGGUCCGGCCAGGCUCGGCACCCUCUGUCGGCUCCCCCAAGCGGCCCUUGGCCCGUAGUCGUCACACUAGCGGCUGUUACCCCUCCUUCGUGUCCAGGAGUCCGCUGCCCCCAGAGCCUGAUGCACCACAGACAGCCCCCAUCCCCCAGCCCAAUGGAGUGGUUGGGGGAGGGCCAGGAGCAGGAGGCACAGCUGCAAACUCCUCACCCACACACUCCGGGAAGCUGGCCAGUCCUGCACGCACUCCUGGGGUCUCCAUCAACAGACGCUCUUCAGACUCUGACCUCUCCAUCACACCUAAAGUCUCUCCCUCAAACACAGGAAGCAGCCUGGCAGGGAGUGGAGGCUCCUCGGGUGGCGGUGUGGUAGGGAAGGUGGGAGGCGGCACAAUGUCUGCCUCUCAUCACCGUCCUAUCAUGACUCAAGAGUCCUUUGACCUUCUGGAAUAUCCUUUCCUCACCAUGAAGUCCUUCCCACCUGGCUUCAUCCUUCAUCUAGGAGGAACUGUCAGCGCCCGGUCUGUCAAGCUAUUGGACCGGCCACAUCCCCCGGAGGAAGCAGAGACUCGGGACAACUGGUGGACGCAGCUCAGGAUGGAGAUUAGGUCCCACACUCGCGCCUUGGCUUGUAAUGUGGUGCUAGGCUAUGAGGAAUUCACUACUAUAAGUGACGAAGUGAUUGUGCUCAAUGCCACUGGCACGGCAGCUGUGAUCAGCCUUCGCUAUCUGGAGACAGACAGUUUUGGGGGCAUGUCGGGACUGCCAAGAUCCCUCCGUGACCCCAUGACCCUCUCUCUUGACCGCAAGGACUUUGAACAACAGCAACAGCAGCAACAACAGCAGCAACAACAACAGAUGCAGCAGGGGGGAGUGCCACAGCAGGCCCCAGGGAAGAUCCAGGCCUGCAAGGAGGGACACACAGGCUCGCAGACAUGCAUGAGUCGUAGUCACCCCUGCAUAGAAGACGGGGUGUGUGGGGAAGGUGGCGGCAGCAGCAGUGGUCCCUCUCAGUCCACAAGCAACCCCACUCCAGGCUGCCCCACACACACCUCAGCAGCUCCUACCCUGCCCCCGCUGUGUGCCAUGUGCCACGUUCCCUACUCUGAAACAUCUCUUCCAUUCAGGGUCAAGAUCUCCAAGUGUGCCGUGUGUAGAAAAGGAAAAGUGCCAGAUGUCCUCUUCACUACCCUGGAGCUGCCAACGUGCCUUCCUGUCUCUGGCAUAGGUUGUCUCAUCCAAGCCAGAGUUGCCAGAUCUAAGAAGGACCUCAAGGGUGAGCUGAAUGCCAAGGAAAUCUCAGACUCCUUGCCAUUCCUGGAGUAUGAGCUUCAUAAACACCUUAUUAACAAGAUGAAGAUCAAGGGGAUGAACUCACUGUUUGGGCUGCGGGUGCGGGUGACGGUGGGUGAGCGGCUCAUUGUUGGGGUGGCCACGGCAACGGCAGUGUUCUUGACGGCACUUCCUCCCCCGCCAGUGCCCCGGGUGACCACAGGGGGGGCGGGGCGGGAGGACGAGAAGCGGCGAGUGGAGGUACAGAAACUGCUCCAUGCCACCAUCGCCCGCAACAAGGAGUGCUACGGCCUCAAAAACUUGCCUACUGAUGUUGGUGAUGAAGGAGUGCCCUCGGAUACCGAGGAUUCCGAAGAUGACCUUCCUGAGAUUGACCUCUCCUCAGGCAACAAAGACACUUCUGUCCUGGAGCUUGACGAUAUGGAGGAUGCAGAAAUGAUUGACCUGUUAGUGGAGGCCAGUCCGCCGGUUCACAUGGUGGCGGUAACCACUCAACUACCGCCUGGAGUGCCACGGGAAACCAUCGUCACCAACCUGCAAAUGUUCACUCGUGUGUGGAGGGCAAAAGUACCCGCCUUGCUGAGUCACAACAUUUUCAACCACUAUUUUGACAAGUUGCUUCAGAGUGUAUAUUUCAAGGUUCGUAAACUUUCUCCAUGCAUCAUCUCGGGUCUUCAAGUGAAUGUGGAGUUGCCAGAGGAGGACGAGAUACAGAUCAGCCUCUUUGGGAUGGUGCUGGGACAAGGGUCUCUUCCCAAUGUCCCAUCCCUCCCCCAAACCACCAUCUCUCAAAGCCAAGUCCCUGUGCCCCACUCCAUCCAUCCUGAGGUCCCACAGAAGAAAGCUAAACAAGCACCACCAACAGAUGAUGGGGAGAUGAUCUUCAAAAUGGAGGAGCUGGUGCCGGCAUCAGAGGAGACCAGCAAGCCAAGGCCCAUAGCUCAACCUCUACCAUCUACCACUACCACCACCACCACCACCACCGCUGCCACCACCACCCCAAGUAGACCACUAACGGGAGGCAUCGGAGGAGCCCUGUCCAUCACCCCUGUGUCUUCCUUCCCUUCCAUUCCUUCCUCCACCUCCAUCAGCUCUUCCACAUCUUCUGCUAGAUCUUCCCUUCGCUCCAAGAAUGACCCAAAAUAUUGCCAUUACACGCCAAGAGAGAGGUACGGAGUGGAGAUAACCCCGCUGUCAUACAUCCCUGGGGCACGCAUCGAAUCUUAUCUGGGGAACCUCAAUUUCUUCUUCAUCAGGGAGUCCACCAGCAUUAAGGAGAGUGGUGGACUAAGUGGGUUCAUGGGCAGCUUUGUCACGGAGGUCCUGGCACUAGUUCGAGCACAUGUGGCAGCUCUGGGAGGCAAUGCAAUGGUAGCUUACUUCAUGUCGGAGUGUGUCCUCCUUCACAAUCCUUAUAAAAACCAGGGUCAGUGUCUCAUCAACGUGGGAGGGGAUGUGGUGCAGGUGCAGUACAAUGCCACGACUCUGGUGUCUGAUGCACCGGUGGAGGAGUGAGUAGCUCAGGUGAGGAUGUAAAAUGAGAGUGGAGUUCUCUUUCUUCCCUCUAACUUUCUUUCUUUAUGUAAGAAAGAUAACCCAGUGAAGUGCCAAUCCAAAAUGAAAUGUCAAAAGUUUCCUAAAUAAUUAAUUGCCACCGAUAUAGUUCAAGUCAUAGGAAGGAGGAAAUAUAGAAGACGGAUAGAAAUUUUAAAGUUUACUGGAAAGAAUUCUGGUGAACUCUUGCAUUAGAGAGGUGGGGAGAAUAGGGCUGAGAGAAAGUAGAAAGUCUUGUCCUUACCUCUUACCUCUAUCUUAAUACUUCCUACGGUAGUAUUCAGGUUUAUCACUUAAAUCUCAUCUAGUGGUUUUAAAAUUAUAGAAGCCAGGUUGUCUGCCUAGCAAGGAUGACUUGGUGUGGUUCAUUAUUGAUACUUUAUACUUCCAUCUAUUUCUAUUAUAUCAUAGUCUUCAGAUCCAUAUUUAUUGGGAUGAGAAUCUAUACAAAAGAGUGGUUUAGUCUAUUAUACACUAACCUUCAUCUAAGAACUAAGGAUGCAAUAUUCAAAGUACUCUUAUCUGUACAUAAUGUGCAAAUGAUGAGCAACUGUUUGGAUGAGUUCAGUUCCUUGUAGCUUGAACAGUACACACAAGAAGUUUUGAACUACUUGUAUAAAUGAAUGGAGAAUGUUUGAAAGAGAGAGAGAGAGAGAGAGAGAGAGAGAGAGAGAGAGAGAGAGAGAGAGAGAGAGAGAGAUAUGUACAGAUUAAUUUUUCAUUGAAAGUAGUUUUUUUUUUUUGAGAGAACAUUUAUUUGUUUAUCUCCUGCGUGGGCUGUGUACAUGUGUGCGUGUGCAUAAGGGAGCAAGUAUUGAUAGAUAUAUGGUAUGUAAGUAUGUACAUUUGUAUAGUUGAGGUAAGGGGAUCUCAGUGUGGUAUAUAGGGAAAGAUUUAUUCACAUACAUAUAUAUAUAUAUAUAUAUAUAUAUAUAUAUAUAUAUAUAUAUAUAUAUAUAUAUAUAUAUAUAUAUAUAUAUCAUUGUUUAUCAUUAUAAUUAUUGCAUAUUAUUAUUGUCAUUGGUCCAGAUAGUGAGUGCUGUGAUAGAGCAUGACACUACAAAAAGAGUGUACAGCUGCAAAGGGAAAUGUUAUUAGUAUUGUCACCAUAACACAAACUGCAUCAGUAAUUUUUCCUUUUUGGUGAAUUUUAGGAUAGUUUUUGCUUUGAUGAAUUACUCUACAUCACACACACACACACACACACACACACACACACACACACACACACACACACACAAACACACACACACACACACACACACACACAAGUUUAUAAAUUGAUUAAC